CUUGCAAAAGGGGCCAAUUGAAUUUUCAAAUUCUGGUCUAUCAACGAUAUAAAGAUAACGGAGAUAGCUUUGAAAUGUACCAAUGGAUUUUUUCCAUUUGUUGUUUACUGCCAAGAUGAAAGAGAGAACGGCGAUUGUCGGCACUUUGUUACCUCAGUCAGCCAGAAAGUAGGUCGUGGCAGGAGUUUUGGUUUGCCACAGGGCCCUCCACCAACUCGGCACGCACUGCAGGAAAUGUUUAGAGUCCGGUUCUAUCACAAAUCUUGCAUUUACUAGCAUUCGCAUUGACUUGGGCCACGUAUGACAUCUUCACUGAAUGAUGACAUCUCCAGUUUGCCAGUAUGUCCAAGACAUGACUUGACGCUCAUCUGUGGAAUAUAAAACAGGUAGCACCAACAAUCGAGUCGACAACAACAUCCUUUACAAGUGAAAUCAACUCAUCAUGUUUAUCCGCCUCUCUACCACUUUCCUUGUGCUCCUCGGCCUGACGGCCAUUGUCAGCGCUGGAGUGCCCCUUCCUCGUUCACCUUACGAGCCCAAUAGCGGCAAGCGCGACGAUCUCGCGAGGGUGGCCCGAUCCGAAACUUUCACAAAGCAACCAGACGCUCGCGCCGAACCUACCGCUCGUUCCGAAACUUUCACAAAGCAACCAGAUGCCCGCGCCGAACCUACCGCAAAGUAA